GGCUCUCUGGCUCAUGUUCAUCAUCUCCUUCCUCUGAUUCCCUUUCUAUUGAGGUUCUCCUGUAAUUCGAAGCUGUAAUCGGUGAAUUAGUGAUGAACUGAGAGGAAUAGUAGUGUGAUAAAACACGCGGGGCCUCGUCCACCUCCUGGUUGACGUCCAUGAUCCAUCCAGCCAUGAUACUCCAAGUCGAAACCAUCCUUCGCUGUCGCUGGUACUUCUCCGAAUCCACUCGCUAGUCGCUCCUUUCUCCUGGAGGCCUAACCGCGCCCCCUGCCUGUUUUUCCCGUUUGGAAUUGCGGCAGAGGCGGUGUGAGACGGGGCCGGAGUUCGCAGAAACGCCGCGCCCGCAAGGCGUUUGUGGAAAUGCCGCAGGGGGAAGGAAAGCCAUUGUAUCCUGACGCGCCACUUAGAGUGGAUCAGAGGAUGGUUGUGCAAGUGCCACAACCAGCGACAUAGUUCAGUUAGAAUCCGGCGAUGGCUUAUUCCGUUCUCCGUCGGCUGCUUUGCUUAGUCGUCUGGUGGUCAACAGUGCACCGACAAGACCGUAUUCUGAUGAAGCAACAUUGGGUCUAUGAGCUGUAUCAGUGGAGAUCUUCUCUGCAGCAUAGGGAUUUGAGAAAAUGUCGCAGGAGGAAAUCCGCCGGUCAGAUGGAUGGUUCUCGGACUCUGUCCAGCGAGGGAGGAGGAAAACUUCGACUUUUCUUUCUUGGUGCGCGCGUACAAGGUGGAAAUCCAGUGCCUAUGACUACAGUUGUGCAAUGUCCACCUUCUAGUGAAUUCCUACUUUUGAGCGGCACAUCACGGGAACCUUCGUGGCAAAGUCCCAUUGUCAUCAUAUUCACAAUGAAGAUAAAAGGUCAGCAGAAACUUCCUGGGAAUUUUGACGUUGCGUCUCUUUUUGUUCUUAACUGGUCACCCUUUCUCUGAAUCAACAAUUCCAUGUGGCUGUCACAUCAUUGCAAGAUUCCUAGGGAGAUUUAGUCCAGAUGUUUGACACUUGACUUUGAAUUUUUUUUUCUCAUCAACGGGCCCAGCGGGAAGCCCCUUAGAAAAUCAUAUAUAAGAUGCUGUGUUUCAGCACAAACUCCUUCGCAGCCUUUCACCAAGUUUUUCCAUUGGGUUCUUAUUUUGAGGAGGUGCUCUCCUUAGCACUUCUCUUGGAGGAGAUGGCAACAAAGAGGUAUUAAGCUAGACUACUUAAUGCACAUCCUCUCGAAAUUAUUAACUGAACCGAGACUAAUAUGUGGUCAGUUAGAAGUAUGGCCAGCUGGUAUUUGUUUUGGUUCUUUUUGUAAGACCUUCCCACGCAAUGCAUACUUCAGCACUGAUUGAAGCCAAAGCUGAGACAGUUGAAUCAAGACUUCAGGGAGUAAACAGAAAUUUGCCAGGAAAUAAAGAACAAUUAACAAGAAGCAAUAUUUUCUAUGGAUCACGAAAAAGCAAGGUUAAACGGCUUGCUGUGGGCAAGGACAUACUUGUAAAACUAUUCUGUGCUGCAAGACGUCCAAGAUUAUUGUUCUUUAAUCUUUCUCAGGUUGAAAAGUUUACGGAAAAUUUCAAAUUGGAUAACGUGGUUGGACGCGGUGCUUUUGGCUACGUUUACAAGGGAAAACUACCUAGCGGGGUUGAGAUUGCGGUCAAAAGAUUUGCAGCAUCAUCAACUCAAGGUUCAGCAGAAUUUACUGCUGAGAUUGAAACAAUUGCAAAUCUUCAACAUAGGAAUGUUAUAAGGCUACUUGGGUUUUGCAUUCAAAGAGAAAAGGACUUUCUGGGAUUUCAAAUUCAGCAGGAAGAGAUGAUUCUUGUUUACGAAUACAUGCCAAACAAGAGCUUGGCCUCUUUUCUAUACGACUAUACAAGCACAGGAGAAUCACUUAAUUGGUCUAAGCGCCUCCAUAUAAUUGAAGGGAUAGCUCAGGGUCUUGUUUACCUGCAUGACCUAUCGUCUCACCAAUGUGUUGUCCACAUGGAUUUGAAAGCCAGUGAUAUAUUGUUAGAUUAUGAAAUGAACCCUAAGAUUUCUGAUUUUGGGAUGGCUAGGAUAUUACCUUCUAGCGGGACUGAAGGGACUUCGAAGACUGUUAAAGGCACAAGUGGUUAUAUGGAUCCUGAAUAUGUCAGGUUUGGGAAAUUCUCAGUGAAGUCUGAUGUGUAUAGCUUUGGCAUCAUGAUUCUUGAGAUAAUAAGUGGAAAGAAAUGUCAUUCCAUAUUAUCCAAUGGAAAAAUGAUGCAUCUACCGAUGCGUGCCUGGAUGCUAUGGGAAGCAGGAAAGUCCCACGAGCUUGUUGAUGUAUCAUCAUCACCAUGUAACAACCAACAAGCAGCUCAGAUCACCAGAUGCGUUCAUGUGGCGCUACUGUGCAUUCAAGACUAUCCGAGGCAGAGGCCUACCAUGCCGGAUGUGCUUCUUAUGCUGCAUAGUGAGAGCGUCGGCUUGCCUACACCUAGCAUGCCACCCAACCAUCAAGCUGAAGCCCUGACGCUGGAGGGGUUCGGGGAGGUGAACGUACCAUUACAACCUGUUCAGGAGAUGGUCACUUCGUUUUUUUUGAAACAAGAGAUGGUCACUUCGUAGUGCAGAGAGUUGCUGAUAAUCUCUGAAUGCAUUUGCAGGACUAUCUUUUAGGAGUGGUAUAUUAAUUGUACAGCCACUAGCUCGUCAGUAGCCAACAAAUAAAUAUUGGUGCUCUGUGCCUUACAAAAAGUGGUGCCUGAAUGUAACCUGAAAUUCAUACGAUUUGUUUGCCUGACCAGGCAGGCCGAGGGACAUGUUUGGUUGGUGGCCUUUGCCUGAGGAGAAAACGUAAAGUUCAAACCCGUGUUGUGGACGAGUUAACA